CUGGCCUGGCCCUGUCCACAGGUGCACCAACCGUGAUGCAGCAGCCACGAGUGGAGGCGGAUAUCAUCGGGGCUGGCGAGGGGCCCCAGCGGGCAGUGCCCUGGUCAGCCUGGGUCACCCGUCAGGAGUGGGUACGCUGGUGGACAUGCCACAUGCCCCGGAGCUGGUCCCAGUGGUGGAAUACAUCAGGCUGGCGGCAACCACUACAGCGUAUGCUAUGGGGUCUGGAGGGGACCCUCUACCUGCUGCUGGCACUGAUGCUGUGCCAUGCACUCUUCACCACUGGCUCCCACCUGCUGAGCUCCCUGUGGCCUGUGGUGGCUGCGAUGUGGAGUCACCUGCUGCCAGCUAUCCUGCUGCUGGUACUCAGUGCCCUGCCUGCUCUGCUCUUCGCUGCCUCCUUCCUGCUGCUCUUCUCCACAUUGCUGAGCCUCGUGGGCCUCCUUACCUCCAUGACUCAUCCAGGCUAUGCUCAGGACUUGGACCAAUAGAAGGGCAACCCCAUCUUACUGCCUGUGUCUGUUGAGCCCUGGCCUAGGGCCUGAGCCCUGUGGGAGGGAGGGCAGUGGAGCCUCAAUGGACCUCAGACCCUCAAUCACAAGCACAGGUGGAGGCCUGGCUUCUGGGCCAUCUACCUUAAACCCAUGAUGGUGUCAGGGACAGGACAAACGGUGUAGCCCAGGACAAGAGGCCAAGCCACCGAGAACACCCACAUGGAUGUGGUAGCAUCACUUGGUCUCCCGGGCAGCAUCUUUGUGUCACGCCACCUCAGCCCUCCCUGCUUUAGGCUUCCUGAGAGUUUCCACCCACAUACCCCUGGACUUGUCACGGAUCCUCUCUACUUCCAGGAGGAGCACAGGCUCUGGAAUGGGCCUUACUGAAAGAAAGAUAGAUGGGGUGGGUCCUGGUCAAAAUCCCUGGGGACCUCACCUCACUCACCUACCAGAAAUGGGGUCAAUCAUCAUAGUGAGUUUCAUGUGUGUGUGUGUGUGUGUGUGUGUGUGUGUGUGUGUGUGUGUGUGUGUGUAUGCACACACAUAUUAGAGAUUGAACCAAAGGCUUUGUGCAUAAGCAUACACCCACCCCUACAUACAUAUAGAGCCUCCAGAUCUAUUAUGAAAGAACAAGUCCCAUUUCAGACACGCACACCUUGGCCAAUUCAUUGUUUUGAACCUCAGUGUUAAGUGGGUCCCAUUUUUUUUCACGAGAUUUCUAUGAUCCAAAGUCAGUAUCUAUCAGCAAAAUUCUUUGGCUUUUUUGUCUUUGUUUUCAUCUUGAGACAGGGUCUCAUGAAGCCCAUGAUGGGAACUCUCUACUUAACUGAGGAUGACUUUGAGUUUCCGAUCCUAUUGCCUCUAUCUACCUCCAGAGUACUGGCAUUAAAACUUGUGCCACCAUGCCUGGUUUUAUGAAAAGUACUUUGUAAGGCCAAAAAGCAGUUAAGGUGUUUUAGCUCCAAGAUCAUUCUACGAGCUCAAAAGGCCCUUUGAUCCAGAAGCUGGAUGAUGGAGCAAGUUUCUCUAGGAGUCCAGGGAAAUUCUCUGUCACCGAAUCUCAGCCCUGAGACAGUUAACAUAGACUGGAUGGUGUGGAUGAGAUGUAAAAGGCUGUGUCACAUGACCCCAAACUAGGCAGACAGUAAACUAUACUAGUUGUACGAUGCUUGAGGUUGGAGCCUGGUAGCAGGAAAUGCUUGCAAAGCUGAGUAGGAAAAUAAUAGCUCAGGGAUUUCCAAAAUUGAUCAAGCAAGUUGCUGACAUCCCAGAAGGUUUUGGAGCAUCCAUCCUCAGAGUCUGGCCAUUUACCUAUCUGCUGACUCCUCCAAACAAAACUUUGAGUAAUCAGUUCCCAAAUAAAGUAAUAAACAUGUUAGAUAAUUUGCCCACAGCCAGGGCACAGCUAACAGUCUUUAUCCACUCCAAACCUCUACCCAGUCCCUGCUGCUUCCCAGCUCUUUAUCUGUUUUAUAUCUAACUUUAAAAUCUUUGCUUCAGAAGCUCUAGGCCAAAAAACUCUUCUGCCACCUAAACACUCAUGCACCUCAAAUCACGGUUCAUUUUGGCUGAAACCUGCCACAGUUUUGGAACGCUGUAUGUCAUUGGUUAGACAUCUUUAGUUUGUUGCCUAAACCCCCAAACUAGCCCCUCCUGCUUCUUUGUAGUUCCCCUAGCAAUGUGGCCAUUGCAAGGGUCAAGGCAAGACAUGGAGGUGCUGUAGCUUUAUGGUUAGCUGAGGAUGACCUUGAACUUCUGAUCCUCUUGCCCUUACCUCCCAAGGGCUGGGGUUACAGGGAUGUGCUACCAUGCCUGGUUUAUUUGGUACUGAUGACCAAACUGAAGGUUUCCUGCAUCUUAGGUAAGCGCUCUACCAACUGAGCUACAUUUCCAGCCCUAACAAGUCUUUCUGAAAUUCAUUUUCUACAUGGGUAAAACAAAGAAAAAGACACUUUGCCUUGGGGCAUCUAGCUUGCAAGGUGAAGCGCCUGAACUAGCCCCUAAUGACACAACAGACAGACACACAUACACACACACACACACACACACACACACACACACACACGUACGUACAUACAUACAUACAUACAUACAUACAUACAUACAUACAUAUGUACGUAUACUGUGACUAUUUUGUCAGGAUCAGAUAACCACUCACCAGUGCCAAGG